UAAUAAAAUAGAGACAAGCACCACCACUUCCUCCGCCAAAUUCGCACGUCAAUAAAAUCACCCUUAAGCUCUUACCGCCAAGGCUUUUAAGGGCUGAGAUUCACUCUCAUUCUUUUCUCCCCUUCAUAAACCCAAUUAACCCAAAUCCUAAUAACAAGGGAUGCCACUUGCCAGCCUGCUUUUCUGUGUCAGAGAAUUCAGGAAAAAGAUUGGACCUUUUAUGCUCCUUCUCAAAACUGAGCUAAGAAUAAUAUUUUCUCUCUUUUCUGGUUUGUUUCUGAAUCAGGUUUAAAUCUUUCUGGGUUUGGUUGAGUGAGCUUGAUAGUUGCCGGUGUAAAGCUUAGAUUCAUUUAUGUAUACAUCAACAAUUGAAGCAUAAUCUUUUUGCAAGCUUUUGGGGUGUUGGUGGUGUGAACAUGGUCAUGGAUCAAUCCUUAAGUGCUUUCUAUUGUGGUUCUAAUAAUGGAUUGGACUUAAAUGAUGACUGUCUAUCGAAUUUAUCGCAUGAAAACAAUGGUAAUAGCGGGUUUGGAACUAAUGGUAAGUUUGUAGAUCAAAACCAUUCAACUGUGCUCUUAUCUCCAGAUCCAACACUUAGUAAUCUAGUGCAGUCUUCGUGUGUGAAUCAAGAGGAGGAUUGUGCACAUGAAGACUUUGAUUUUAGUGAUGUUGUUCUUAAGUAUAUAAGUCAAAUGCUUAUGGAAGAAGAUAUGGAGGAGAAGACCUGUAUGUUUCAGGAGUCUGCUGCACUUCAAGCUGCAGAGCAGUCAUUGUACGAGCUUAUUCGAGACAAGCAUCCUUCAGCAAUAGAUGGUCCAAUCACUUAUUGUGAUCUGAAUCAUGCAAGCCCAGACGGUAGUCAUGCUUUGCAAGGUAUUAGCAGCUGUAGCUGCAGUACUAGUACUAUCACUAACACCAACUUUUUAGAUCCUGGAUGCCGAAGUGAUUUGUGGGAGUACAAGUCCGCUCAAGAUGUUUCUCAAUCUACUUCUCAGUCAUCCUACACCUCAUCAAAUGGCACAAGUAAAAUUGUGGAUGCACUUGCAGAUUCUCCAGUGAGCACUCUCAAAGUUCCUGAGAUGUUUACUGAGAUGGAUUCAGUUAUGCAGUUUAAGAGAGGUUUUGAGGAAGCAAGCAAGUUUCUUCCAAUCGAUAAUAGUUUUAAUGUUGAUUUGGAGAGUAACAACUUGUUCUCUAAAGAGUUUAAAGAGUCCAAGGAUGGAGCGGUUAAGGUAGAGAAGAAAUAUCAGAUUGAGUACUCUCUGAAUGGAUCAAGAGGAAAAAAGAAUCCUCUUAGCGAUGAUGUUUCUGUGGAGGCGGGGAGGAGCAAUAAGCAAUCGGCUGUCUGUAGCGAAUCAAAUGUGAGUCCAGAAAUGUUUGAUAUGAUUCUUCUAAAUUGUGGGAGAAAUGACGCGGCCACUCUUCGUGAAUCUUUGCAAAAUGAAACAAGCAAGAAUUUGCAGCAGAAUGGUCAGUCCAAAGGUAUGAAUAGUGGCGGAAAAGCUCGUGGGAAGAAACAGGGGCGUAAAAGAGAUGUGGUCGAUUUGAGAACUCUGUUGACACUCUGUGCACAAUCUGUUGCAGCGGACGAUAGGAGGAGCGCUGAGGAGUUUUUAAAGCAAAUCAGACAUCAUUCAUCUUCUAUAGGAGAUGGGAUGCAGAGAAUGGCCCACUAUUUUGCUGAUGGUCUUGAGGCACGAAUGGCUGGUUCUGGUACUCAAAUUUACAAGGCACUUAUAACCAAGCCAACAUCAGCCGCUGAUGUUUUGAAAGCCUACCAUCUAUUUCUUGCUGCUUGUCCGUUUAAGAAGCUGUCAAAUUUCUUCUCAAAUAAGACAAUUAUGAAUUUAGCGGCGAAGGCAACAAGGCUUCACAUUAUUGAUUUUGGUAUUCUUUAUGGUUUUCAAUGGCCAUGCCUUAUACAACGUCUUUCUUCUAGGGCUGGAGGUCCUCCAAAGCUUCGGAUUACUGGGAUUGAUUUUCCGCAACCUGGUUUUCGACCAGCAGAAAGGGUUGAAGAAACUGGAUGUCGCUUAGAAAACUAUGCAAAAACUUUUAAUGUUCCAUUUGAGUUCAAUGCAAUAGCACAAAAGUGGGACACUAUCCGAAUUGAGGAUCUUAAACUUGACAAAGAUGAGGUUCUUGUUGUCAACUGCAUGCACAGAUUCAGAAAUCUGCUUGAUGAAACUGUCUUGGUAGACAGUCCAAGAGAUAUUGUUUUGAACCUUAUCAGGAAAAUGAAUCCAGAUGUUUUCAUACUGGGAACUGUAAAUGGAGCUUAUACUGCACCAUUCUUUAUCACGCGAUUUCGAGAGGCUCUUUACCACUUCUCUACAUUGUUUGAUAUGCUUGAGACAAAUGUGCCUCGUGAGACUCCAGAGAGGAUGCUGAUUGAAAGGGAGAUAUUUGGUCGUGAGGCAAUGAAUGUCAUUGCAUGUGAAGGUGCAGAAAGAAUUGAAAGGCCGGAAACUUACAAGCAAUGGCAUGUCCGUAUGUUGAGGGCUGGAUUUAGGCAGCUCCCAUUGAACCAGGAGAUUAUGCAGACGGCAAAGGACAGGGUGAAUUCGUACUACCAUAAGGAUUUUGUGAUUGAUAAAGAUGGACAAUGGCUGCUGAAGGGGUGGAAGGGACGGAUUGCUUAUGCACUCUCUUCUUGGAGCCCAGUUUGCUGAAAAACAUGAACUGUUGUGUUCAUUAAAUUCAAGUUGAGGGAACUACCAUGGUGGUGGACUUACCAACCAUGAAUUUGAUGGUAUUGAUAAUGAUUUGAUAAUCAUCCAAAGAUCUCUCUGCCAUCAAACAGGAAGCAGCUUUGUUAGAAUGAGAAAUUUGGCUGCUACCAAAUCAUCUUCAUACUUUAUAAGAUAUUAAAAGACAUGCCUUUCAAGCGGGAGAGGUAGAAGGGCCAAACAAUUUAUGCCUGAGCGAAGAAUCAAGAAUGAGUGAAAAUGCCACACUUAAAGCUAUAUGUGAGCUUUGUUGUGCAUAGUCAAGAGCUAAAUAUAUAUGUUAAGCUGUCUCCAGUAGUAGUCAAAGAAAUUGCAACAGCAUAACAUGCACAAAUGUUUUCAAUUAGUAUCACUGUGCAGCAGAUGUUUUUAGCCAGAAAAUUUGUUUAUUUAGUUUGACUUUUGAGAGAAGUCAUGGGGCUGUGUCAACAAUGAUGUCGACCUUGGAACUUCUCAGCGGUUAUUGGUCUCUCAAUAUUGUUUUUUUUUUUUUAAUUCACAGACGUCUCUGACCAUUGAUUAUGAAAUGAAAAACAAUUUUUUUUAGGCAUUAUCUUGUGGAAACUAAUGUGAACUCUUUGAGCCCCACUAUCUACCCAUACAUGAGUUUGUAUGAGUGCUGUCGCUUCUGAAUCUGCCCUUUUUGACGUUUUGUGGUACAGUGGGCCUAUCUAUCUACCAAGUUCAUUCACACA